UUCCUAGCUGAAAAGACAAUGAGAAUGUAAACGAAUGCCUUUCCCGUGACAUAAAUUUUAACUGAUUUUGAAACAAAUCCACCUCUCGGGACUGCUUUGAGGACGUGCUUCAGAAUUUUAGCCACCCUGACGUUAUCUGAGGUACAAAGCGAUGACUUUGAGUUACAUUUCGAUCGUGCUUCUUGGAUAUUUUGCCUGCAUGGCCACGUCGCAGAAAGGAUAUCAAGUGCCCCACUCUCUUCAACAAGACUGGCCAAUACACCAUCAACAGUACCCUCAUCACCCUUAUUUCCACCGUGCCUGUGAAUCAACUGAGUGCCCGGAAGGAUAUAAAAUAUGCUGCCUCAUAAUUGGGCACAAAUGUGGAUGCAAAUGUGUGCCAAUAUUCCACCACUGCAGCUACGCAUGGGAAGAUGAAUGUCCAGUGCCACAUCGCCCUAAUUGCGCACAUACAGACGCAGAAAACCUCUGCCACUGCGAUUUUGGUGGAUUCUAUGCAGUGCUGGGCAUAUCCAAGUAGAACGGCGUGGCUUUACGGUUGAUGCACUAUGACAACCUUACAUUUCAGCGUUGAAUGUAUGCAUAAA